GGCUUUUGCAUGUUACCCACAUUGUGCGCCUCGAUACACCCUUCACCAUCAAAUUGUCUUAGCAAUACACCCUCUCAUCAGAGUAUUGAAACAUACACACACGUUGGGCUGGUCAGGUAUGGUGCACUUAUUUUGUACGGACGGACUCAUUGUCUGUUGUGGUUUCUGGUUGUUGUAUUCCCCCCUUGUUGCGUUCUGUGCCUUUUACUCUUUCCUCAUACCCCUAUACCCCACAUUCGUUCAGGAGCCGGACUGGGAGCACCGACUUGAAGCUGGUGCGAUGGCUACGGACAUAGAAAGGAUUGGUCUCCAAGGACGAAAAUGAAUACCAUGUUUGUGAUCGUGUUUCCCCAUGAUUGCUUUCUUGCACAGACGACAGUGACUUUAGGUUCUUUCCGAUCGGUAACGCUC